AUGGGCAGAAAAAUGAUGUUUCAAGUGGAAUUUGAUGACUGCAAGGGGAAUAACAAAUUGAACUUCGAAGUUUCUAACCCAGACUUUAUGGUGGAACGUGACGGGUCUUUAGUUGCACUAAAGAAUAUAUCAGAAGCUGGCAGAGCCUUUUUUGUACAUGCGCGGUCUGAGCAUGCUGAGGAUAUGGCAGAAAUAUUGAUUGUUGAAGCAAAAGAAAAACAUGGUGCAUUAAAGGAAAUCUUUAAGAUAGAAAGCAACCUUGGAAUUCCGAGACAAAAAAGGGCUAUUUUGGCGACUCCAAUAUUAAUUCCUGAAAAUCAAAGACCACCAUUCCCCAGAUCUGUUGGCAAGGUCGUCAGCAGUGAAGGGUCAGAGGGAGCAAAGUUUCGACUUUCUGGUAAGGGAGUAGAUCAAGACCCAAAAGGAAUUUUUAGAAUCAAUGAGAUCAGCGGGGAUGUCUCUGUGACCCGAACCCUUGAUAGAGAAGCAAUUGCCAGUUAUGAGCUUGAAGUUGAGAUCACAGAUACAAGUGGGAAAACCAUUGAUGGUCCAGUCCGCCUAGAUAUUUCUGUUAUUGAUCAAAAUGACAACAGGCCAAUGUUUAAAGAAGGACCCUACGUUGGUCAUGUCAUGGAGGGAUCCCCUACAGGAACAACUGUGAUGCGUAUGACAGCGUUUGAUGCUGAUGAUUCUAGCACAGACAACGCUCUUCUGCGGUAUAACAUUCUCAAACAAACACCUACCAAACCAUCUCCAAACAUGUUCUAUAUUGACCCAGAAAAAGGAGAUAUUGUUACAGUGGUGUCGCCUGUACUGUUGGAUCGUGAAACUAUGGAAUCCCCCAAAUACGAGCUAGUUAUAGAAGCUAAGGAUAUGGGUGGUCUCGAUGUGGGACUAACUGGCACUGCAACUGCCACUAUUCUUAUUGAUGACAAAAAUGACCAUCCACCAGAAUUUACCAAGAAGGAGUUUGGUAAUAUGGGCAAGUACGUGAAAAAAAACUUGGGCGCCUACUUAGCCUCAAAAGUACUGUUAGAUGGUGUCUAUGUCUGUCGAAACUCCAGUUCACUCAUUGAUAGUGAAAUGUACCCU